UCUGACUGUUGCGUCGUGUUCCUCAGAAUGGAGGCGAUUCCAAAACUUGUCGCCGGGUUUCUUCUGCUGACCUUAUGCGUGGUUGGCUGCUCCAGCCAACACUGGUCCUACGGCCUGCGCCCUGGGGGGAAGAGAAGUACUGAGAAUCUGAUUGAUGCUUUCCAAGAGAUAGCCAAAGAGGUUGAUCAACCCGCAGAACGUCCGCGCUUCGAAUGCACCAUCCAUCAGCCCCGUUCUCCCCUCAAGGACCUUCGAGGAGUUCUGGUGAGUUACAGUGGUGAUGACAUGGGGCCUUAG